UGGGACUAAGGAAAGGAAGGAGGGAGAGAGAACUCUCUGGAGUCUCCCCCUCCAAGACUCACUUAGUGAUUGUAUUGUGGGAGGAAGUGAACAGGUUCUCAGUGGAGUUAAUAACCCAGGUGCCUCCAGAGGCAGGUCGUCUCCCCCUCUUAGCUCCCUGCAAGGUGCCAGGGUCUUCUCCCAAAUCCUUAGCCCGUUUCCUCCUCUUUAGAAGAGAUAAAUACUUGUGUGUGUGAGAGAAUUGCGCAGAGUUCAGAACUGCGAUGGUCUGAAAAGUUCCCAGGGUAUGGUGAACCUGCCAACCUAGCAGUAAAGAGGGAGGCCCAGGUCUGUAAAUCGGGGGAGCUGGGCCUUGGAGGGAAAAGAGAGAGAGAGUUUGGGCGGUGUGCAUACAUACCUUCUUCGUCCAGGACUAAAGAGCUGAAGCUCUUUUGGAGGGGGUAGGGGGUAUGACUUAACUGCUCAUUUCUGGCAGCUCUGUUGGUAAUGUGUGCUUGUUCCCCCACUUUCCCUUUGCUUUUGAGGCUGCUUAGAGUCUCUGGGCCAGUCAAUGUUCAGAUCCAUUCCCUAAACCCCCCUACUCCCACCCACCACCUCCCACCGAGACGCAUCUCCACCUCCUGAGUCGACCUGCGGUACAGCCUUAUUAGUCUUAUUUGCUUAUUGCAUCUUGGGAGCGCGUGGGUGGGUGAAGGGAGCGAGGAUAGGAAGUCUAUGGAGAUUUACACCAGUUGUUUUUUUUUUUUUUUUUUUUUUAACAAAAACACAGCCAGAUAAUCAUUAUUCUUCCCUUACGUCCCCCCAGCCCCCACCUGGGGCAGUCGCUUUCCUGGCUGCGUCCCUUUUCGUCCAUGCCCUAGUGGAAACUACAGAGCAGUAUAGAGGCUCUCGCUGAAACCAGUCCCAGGCUCCAGAGUCAGAUCACGGCUUCACACCAGUCGUUCUGGUCACUUAGGCGUUCGCGUGAGCCGUCAACCCCUUACCGCCACCCCAUCGUCACUCUACAUCAUUCUGAGCGCAAAAAUGGUUUGAUUGAGACAAAUUUAGACCAAGCAAUGACCUUGUAAACAGAGAGAGGGGCUCAGACAUGCUGAGAAAUCCUUAUCUCUAGAGAAACGUCUUUAAAUGCUAAGUAAAAGCCCUGAGGCACUAGGGUGUCGGGUAGGGGUCACAGGCGGAGAGGUGGGGCGCCUGGGGGUUUCGGUAGGGAGCCACCCACAGAUAACUCAGACAGCCAGAUUCUGGGGGUCGCUCAGGUUGAAAGACUGGUCGAAAUUACUCGGGCAUGAGUCAGCGCAUCCCUACGCGCCCUCCACCCCUUGAGGGUGGGUCGCUUAUAGGGAGGGGAGUAGAGUAGGGCAGGAGAAACUGGGCCAGGCUGCACUUAGCUCAAGGGGCCUCGAGGACUCUCCGCGUCUCUGGAGACAAGGGCACUACACGCACUUCAGAAUGAAGAGUUGUAAGUCGCUGACCUGGGGCGGACUGGAGGGUGGGGUGGGGGUGGGUGUUGAGGGGCACGCCUGGGCUGGCAUCAGCCCUCCAGGCCACCCUGCCACUCACCCAGCACACGGCAAAAUGCAGAGGACUACCUUUCCCUGGUCCGCCCCCUGGCCGCCCCUUGGGUAAUGAAAACUUCGUGUUCUGCUGCGGAGCCAGACGCCUGUAUUGGGAAGUGGGGAGAAUCAAGGCGGGGAAAUCGGACCUUUGGGUCGCUGGGGGCAACGAAGCCUGGAGAGGCCUUCUUUCCAUUCCCAGAAUAUGUUUGCUGCUUUUUCUUCUCCCCACUGGCCUAAAUGGAUCGCUCCGCCUAUUUCCUCCCCAGCACCUAGGGCGCAAUGGAAUAUUCCAUUGCCCCUCCUGUCCUGGGUCUGUGUUGCGGGGAACGCUCGCGCGGUUGCCAGAGAAAGCCCCGGACGUGACGGAUUUGCGCGACCCCAAGCAGCCCGCCCUUCCCCCUCCCUUCCGUCAUUCCCCUGCGCUCUCUUUCCUCACCCUUCGCCCCCCACCGUGGGUUCCAGACUUGGGAUAAGUAAACGGCGGGUGGAGCGAGGCCUACGGACCCAGGCCAGGUGGGAGUUUGCACUCUUCAAGGGGCCUGGGCUGCUGCUCAGGGGUAUUAAAGAACUCCGCGUUGUUCAUGGCUGGGGCGAUGCAUUAGGAAGAUCCUGAACCUAGAGAACAAGUCCCCCGAACGCUGAGUUGGGGGCGGGACUUCGGCUGCGCGUUGGCGGGAGCAUGCUGGGGCUCUGGGGGCAGCGGCUCCCCGCGGUGUGGGUCCUGCUCCUGUUGCCUUUCCUGCCGCUGCUGCUGCUUGCAGCCCCCGCGCCCCACCGCGCGUCCUACAAGCCGGUCAUCGUGGUGCAUGGGCUCUUCGACAGCUCGUACAGCUUCCGCCACCUGCUGGAAUACAUCAAUGAGACACACCCCGGGACUGUGGUGACAGUGCUCGAUCUCUUCGAUGGGAGAGAGAGCUUGCGACCCCUGUGGGAACAGGUGCAAGGGUUCCGAGAGGCUGUGGUCCCCAUCAUGGCAAAGGCCCCUCAAGGGGUGCAUCUCAUCUGCUACUCGCAGGGGGGCCUUGUGUGCCGGGCUCUGCUUUCUGUCAUGGAUGAUCACAAUGUGGAUUCUUUCAUCUCUCUCUCCUCUCCACAGAUGGGACAGUAUGGAGACACGGACUACUUGAAGUGGCUGUUCCCCACCUCCAUGCGGUCUAACCUCUAUCGGAUCUGCUAUAGCCCCUGGGGCCAGGAAUUCUCCAUCUGCAACUACUGGCAUGAUCCCCACCACGAUGACUUGUACCUCAAUGCCAGCAGCUUCCUGGCCCUGAUCAAUGGGGAAAGAGACCAUCCCAAUGCCACAGUAUGGCGGAAGAACUUUCUUCGUGUGGGUCACCUGGUGCUGAUUGGGGGCCCUGAUGAUGGUGUUAUUACUCCCUGGCAGUCCAGCUUCUUUGGUUUCUAUGAUGCAAAUGAGACGGUCCUGGAGAUGGAGGAGCAACUGGUUUAUCUGCGGGAUUCUUUUGGGUUGAAGACUCUAUUGGCCCGGGGGGCCAUAGUGAGGUGUCCAAUGGCCGGGAUCUCCCACACAGCCUGGCACUCCAACCGUACCCUUUAUGAGACCUGCAUUGAACCUUGGCUCUCCUGAGGAUAUAUUCAGGGGUCCCCAGGAACUCCUCGGUCCAGAGACCAAGUGGUGGCCUUGGAAAGCAGAUGUCAGGCUUUGGUGUGCCUGUGACCACCUCAUUGCUCCCAUAUUAUCCCCCGUUUUUAGUAGAGACGGGGUUUUAGUAGAGACUUGGCCUCCCGGAACCCCCUUCCUCUGCUCCUCCGUGAAUGACAAUUCCAGGCCUCCCCUACCUCAUGUCCUCUCAUUUGGGGGAUUGCUCCGUGCUAUCCCUUUCUCUCAAGGCCGAAGUUGGGAAGUGAGAAACCAUGUUUUUAACUUGUGGCUGCUUUUGCUGCUGCUGCUCCUCCGUAUCUGGCUGUAUGGGUGGAGAACCCACUCCCUGCCCACCACAGGGGUCUCCUUCCAGGCCACUCAGGACAUUUUUAGCUUCUCUUCUCCCCAUGUUCCCUUUUUUCUCUAAAGUCCCCUGUCAUCAGCCCUCCCAACUCCUAAGAGGGACUACCCAUGAGAGUGGGGUUCUGAGGCUCCCCUAUGGGGACAGUUCCGUUCUUGAAGUGUCAGUGUUGGGGAAUAUCUGUGGCCUAUGAGGCCCAUCUCAGGUUUGGGGAUCCCCCCAGUCCCUAUGAUCAGUGUUGGAGUACCCCCCUGGGAGAGCCUAGUUUCUUUGAGGCCCCAGGCCCUCUUUUAACUACCCUUGAAUAGGUGUUAUCCCUGUAUUUAUGGAAAUAAAGUUCCAUUUCCUCAGUG